AUGGUCCUGUACGUCAUCGGCCUAGGCCUCGCCGACGAGGACGACAUCACACUGAAAGGCUUCAAGGCCGUCAAGUCGUCCGAACGCAUCUAUCUCGAGAGCUACACAAGCAUCCUUAUGGUCCCCGGCUUCAAGGAACGACUCGAGGCGCUCUACGAAAAGCCCGUGAUCCUGGCGCAUCGCGAGACAGUCGAACUCGAGGCCGAAUCAAUACUUGAAGGCGCUGCCACCUCCAACGUCUCCUUCCUCGUCGUCGGAGACCCCCUCUCAGCGACCACGCAUACCGACCUCAUCCUACGAGCAAAGCAGAGUUCGCCUCCCAUCCCUGUCAAGAUCAUCCACAAUGCCAGCAUCAUGACCGCCAUCGGCUCCAGUGGCUUGGCUGGUUACAACUUUGGCCAGACCGUCAGUGUCCCUUUCUGGUCAGAGGACUGGAAGCCAGACAGCUGGCUCGAACGUAUUCGCGAGAACCUCGACAUCGGUCUCCAUACGCUCGCACUGUCCGAUAUCAAGGUCCGCGAGCAGAGUGCACAAGACAUGAGCAGAGGCAUUCUCCGCUAUCAGGAUCCUCGCUACAUGCUUAUCCCUCAGCUCAUCUCACAGCUCAACUCGGCGGCUCGAUCCCACAAUGCCGAUUACCUGCAUCCAGAACGUACCCUUGCCAUCGCGCUAUGUCGUAUGGGUUCCGAAGAGGAGCGUAUCGUUUCUGGCACGCUGCAAGAGCUUCUCGACAUGGCGAACCCUACGCCCGAGCAAGCUCAGGCCGAAGAAGCCGAAGAUGACGCCGACGAAAUGGCCAGCGAGGCCGAGCUCGACAAGCGACGCGCUGCACGCGCCGAAGCCCGCGCAAAGAAGGCAUUCGGUGAGCCCCUCCACAGUCUCGUCAUCGUCGGCAAGCGUCUCCAUCCCCUCGAGCGCGAUUACGCCGCUAGCUACGCUUGUCCAGGUAGCAAAUUCGUCGAGGUUGCCAACGACGUCUAUGGCUGCAAAGAAUGA